CUUAAACACCGACACUGUCCGAUUUGAUCGGUAUAAACGAAUGAAAGGGAAUAAAAUAAACGUCAACUUAUUUUUGACAACAGUAGUAGUAUAAAUAGAAAUAAAUCAUAAUACUCCAAUGUCUUCGUCCAAAGAGUGCACUACGCAAAUAUGCCAAUAUCAGAGUCUGGGGCAAAGAUACACCGGCAGUAAGAGACCAGAUCUUGAGCUUACCUUGCGCGAAUAUGGCAAAGAUUCUGUUGAAAUAGAACUAACCAAUUUGCGAUAUACCACUCAGAAAAGGAAACAAAUUAAGCACAUAUGUAUGCUUAUAACUAUGUAUGUGGUGUAUAGCAUUUUGAAAUCUAAAAGUUGCCUAUUAUUCAAAGGACACAUAUUGUGCGACUUCAGCUUCCUUUUCUGGUUAAUUUACCGACUCUUCGGUUUAUUUUCCUUAAUUCAAACUGAAAAAAUUCUAUUCUGCCUGGACCUCGCUCUUCAAUGCCACACAGUGCGAUUUUUGUCGCGUACCUUAAAUUUAUUUAUUCCUGCCAACAGUAUUUAUGAUGUUGUAAUAAACGAGGUGAUUGAAAAUAUGGAUGUGCAUUACAUACUUAUCAUUCGAACAAAAGGAGAUAUUUUUCAAAAGAAACCGAUAAUUGCCCUUUUCAAUAGUUUGCAUCCAUCAUUCGAGUGUUUACAUAUGGUUUAUAAAAGCCUCAACAAAAUAAGACAACAAUCAAGCCCAAUUUAGUGAAUACAAAAGACAAAGACGUUAUAGCAGUUUCAUUCCUAUAGAAGUCAUCUUAGUUUCUUCCAGGAGUGAUUCUAUCUGUAAAUAUAUUGUAAUAAAUAAAAACAUAUGAAAAGGGAAAUAAACACGGCUUGCCUUCGGUGUGCAAUCCAUACAGUUGGCAGAAAGUGGUGGCACUAAUUU